AUAAUUUAUUUGACGAAUGUGUGCGAAAAGUCACAUCAAAUCGCAACUCAGUUGAUAGUAGUGGACAGAGCGGGAAACAUUUGCGUUGUUUUGAGGGAAAGAUCCAGAAAUGGUGUAUAAAAUGGCCAAUUUGAAAUAUACACCCUUGUUGGUGUUCCAGUUGAUACUUAUGGUACUUUACUUCAUAUUUGUGAAGUAUGGCGGUGAUAAAGAUCACGAUAUACGAGGUUUCGAAGACACGCACGUGAUGAUAUUCAUAGGUUUUGGCUACCUCAUGACAUUCCUGAAGAAGUAUUGCUACAGUGCCCUUGGCUUUAACUGGUUUCUUGCGGCUCUGGUUAUACAAUGGGCCCUUUUGUGUCAAAACUUCUAUCAUAUGAAGGACAACACUAUUUUUGUUACUAAGAAGUCGUUGCUCGAGGCGGAUAUAAUGUCGGCGACGGUGCUAAUAACUUUCGGGGCGGUGUUGGGCGCGGCGAGCGGGCUGCAGCUGCUGCUGAUCGCGAUCAUCGAGACGGUCGUCGGCUGCUUCAACUUCUGGCUCGUGGAGAGCGUGUUUAAGGCGGCUGAUGUAGGCGGGUCGAUAGCGAUCCAUGCGUUCGGAGCCUACUUCGGCCUCGGCGUGAGCCUGGCUUUGAAGCCGCGCAAAACGAAAAACGAAGCCACCACCGCACCGGCCGUCGAUCUCAAUGGGCCCAGCUAUAGCUCCGAUGUAACUGCUAUGAUAGGUUCCAUAUUUCUUUGGAUUUACUGGCCGUCAUUCAAUUCGGCUCUCACCAGCUCUAACGGUGAAUACCAAAGGGCAGUCGUCAAUUCGUAUUUAUCGUUGGCUGCAGCUACUGUAACAACAUUCGUAUUCUCAUCCCUGGUAAGCCACCACGCUGGCAAGUUGGACAUGGUGCACGUACAGAACUCCACGCUAGCCGGCGGCGUGGCUGUGGGCUCUGUAUGCAACAUGCACAUCAGUCCGGGCGGAGCUAUCGCGGUGGGGAUCGGCGCUGGCGUACUGAGUGUGCUGGGCUACCGGUACCUGACGCCACUCCUAACACGUAUCGGUAUCCGGGACACAUGCGGUGUGAACAACUUGCACGGGAUGCCCGGGAUCUACUCCGGGAUACUAACCGUUAUAUUCGCAGCCGUGGCCACUAAGGAAACGUAUGGAAAGGAACUACAUGAUGUAUUUGAGGCUAUACAUGAGGACGGCACCGGUAGGACGGCAAGCGAGCAAGCUUUAAACCAAUUUCUGGCUCUAAUUGUUACCCUUGCUGUAUCAUUUGUGGGCGGAUUUAUAACAGGUCUUAUCGCUAAAUUGCCGUUCUUGGAGCCAUUGAAGGACACAGAAGAAUACAAUGACGAAGUGAACUGGGAAUUGCCGUGAACAUAAUAUAAUUUUGUACUGUUUUGUCCGGUCUUGUCAUAAUACUUACGUGAUAUUGUUUGAGAUAUUAUAUGUGUUACCUUUUUA